AACCACAGCUGCUGUAGUGUCUAAUCCCUCCUUUCACCUCGUCAGGGCUGCGGUCGUGAGGCGCUCCAAUACCAGUCCCAUGGGCUUUAUGAAGAUGGGCUCCUGUUCUCCGGUACCUGCAGACACUGCACAGGCUGUUGGGCGCAGGUUGUCCACAGGAUCUUCCAGGCCGUAUUCUCCUUCACCACUAGUUGGAACCAUACCUGAGCAGCUUGGACACUGCUGUUGCGGGCAGCUUCAAGGGCAUGAAUCAAGGAGUAGAAACUUUUCAGGUUCUCCGAUAGCACCGUCUCAGUCUCCACAGUCACUUUUGCACUCGCCACAACCAAGCAGGCCAGGCAGCCUGGGGACGUCACCUACCAAACACAUGGGAUCGUCACCUCGGAGCUCAGACUGGCUGUUCAAAACUCCAUUGCCCACAAUCAUUGGCUCUCCUACUAAGGCAACAGCUCCUUUCAAAAUACCGAAAACUCAAGCGUCCUCCAACCUGCUAGCCCUGGCGAGCCGCCAGGGCCCUGUAGAUGCCUCUUUGCAGCCUAAAGACAUUGUUGACCCAAGAGACUUCACCCACUUCCACUCCACGCCAGGGAAUGAGAAGCAGGCAGCAGAACAGCACAGCAAAGCUGCGUUUGGCAGAUCAGUCAGUACGGGAAAGCUAUCGGAUCAACAAGUAAAGACUACCCUUGGUGGCCAGUUGUAUCAAGGCAGUACAGACAGCCUCAAUACAGAGCGACCUAUGGAUACAGCUCCUGCAGGGGCCUGUGGCAUUGCAAUGGCACCUCCUUCCAUGGGGAGCGGGGCAAGUUCUCGGGCUGUCAUGUUCACUGUCGGGUCCCCUCCGAGCAGCACCACCCCUCCUACUUGCACCCAUAUGAUCCUCAGGACGAGAACCACCUCGGUUGGAUCAAACAGUUCUGGAGGGUCUCUCUGCUCUACUAGUGGCCGUGUAUAUAUGGGCUCCCCUCCUGGUAUUUAUAUGGGUUCUUCUCCUCCGGGGGCCGAGGCAGCUCCGAGUCUGAAGUACAUGCCUUAUGGUACUUCGCCUCCCAGCUUAGAGGGCUUUAUCACUUUUGAAGCUCCUGAAUUGCCUGAGGAAACUUUAAUGGAGAGAGAACAUACGGACACACUGCGUCACCUAAACAUGAUGCUGACAUUUACAGAAUGUGUCCUGGAUCUGACAGCCGUGCGAGGAGGGAACCCAGACCUGUGCACUUCGGCAGUUUCCCUGUACCAAAUCCAAGAGAGCAUAGUUGUGGAUCAGAUCAGCCAGCUAAGCAAGGAGUGGGGACAAGUAGAGCAGCUGGUGUUGUAUAUGAAAGCUGCCCAGCUACUAGCAUCUUCUCUGCAUCUUGCCAAAGCACAGGUCAAGUCGGGGAAACUGAAUCCAUCCACUGCUGUUAAGCAAGUUGUGAAAAGCCUCAAUGAGAGAUACAAAUUCUGUAUUGGUAUGUGCAAGAAACUAACAGAAAAGUUGAAUCGUUUCUUCUCGGAUAAGCAAAGGUUCAUUGAUGAAAUCAACAGUGUAACUGCAGAGAAACUCAUCUAUAACUGUGCUGUAGAAAUGGUUCAGUCAGCAGCUCUGGAUGAGAUGUUUCAGCAAACUGAAGAUAUUACAUAUCGAUACCACAAAGCAGCCUUGCUGCUGGAAGGACUGACUAAAAUACUGCAGGACCCUGCAGAUAUAGAAAAUGUACACAAAUAUAAAUCUAGCAUCGAGCGAAGGCUUUCUGCACUUUGCUAUAGCACAGUGGCUGUGUAUGAGCAGUAGGAAUAUCCCAAGGACCAGAUGGUGUGAACAUAAGGGACCACAUCAGUGAUACUGCACUUUUUUUCACUACAGCUUAAUUGUUGUCCUUGUUCUGCCCCAUGUGGAAGAUAAUUAUUACAUUUCUGUGGUGACUACCAAAGAAACAGCAGCAUAUUCAAAGAAGAGAAAUUCCAAAAGUACACUUGUAGAAAACCUGCCUUACUGAUCCAGCAGCUUUUUUUUUUCCCCUAGCAGCAAAAUUUAAGAGCAUCUGUUUUCACAUUUCAUGCUGAUUCUUGUGCGUGUGCUUUGACUUGAAUGACAGGGGCUCUUUCCUCGUGAGGUAUAUAGAGUGGAUCCUUCUGCAUCAGGUACAAAAAGACAUUUCCCUCUGAAGAUUCCCUCAGUUCUUUGUGGAAAUAUUUUUUAAUUCUCAUUAAGAGGCGGCUGAGUGAAUUUGGGGAACCCGAACCAUGUGCAAGUGCUGUUGGCACUUUUGGAGUUAAGCUGGCUUGGAUCUGGGCUCAUAUAUGGCAAACUUGGCUCAGCUUGACAUGCGAGGGGAUGGUAAGGAAGCACUUUUUGACAUGGUGGAAAUUUGGUAAUGGAAGAAAAUGCGCUCCAUGUGUGCAGAAUCCCAGUGGGUUUUCAGCUGAUGUGGAUACAGCUUGAUCUUCUUCCAAAACACUGUUUUGCACUAAUUUACUAAAGCAACUGUAUAUUCAUUUUUGAAGAACUAUAUAAAAGAAAAAGAAGGCACAAUGGACUUGGCUGAAUUUCAUUUCAGUGUAUAUAAAAUUCUUCUAAGAAUUUCAAAUGUAGCUUCUAGAAGACUUUCAGACAAACUAAAAACUUGUAUUCAUGUGAACCUUUCCAUUUUAUACCUAUUUGUCUAAUACUUGAGUAACUACUGCUCUGGACUUUCUCAGUAAUAGAAAUGCUUUGAGUUGCUGGUUGUUUGCUUCUUAUAUAGAUUUGGUUGCAUCUUUUGUUGUGCAUGCGAUAUGUGCAUUGAUGCCUGCAGUCUCUAGGGUGUAAUGACAGUUCUGUAGUUCGUUGCUUGGGCAGUAUUACAACAAAUACUGUAAAAUGAGAGGUUCUGCAAGGAGCCGUAUAAAAACAGGAGAGAAAAAAGGGAUUUGGGAUGCUGAUACAUUGACGUAGAAUUUCUACGUAUGGUGUGUGAGAAAUAGGGAUCGUUUUGUGUGCAUUUUGGAGGAGAGGUGGGAAGCUUCAUUUAGCCUUACAGGCAUUAUCGUUUCAAGCAUCCCAUGAGAUCAUCAGGACAGUUUUGCAAAGUAUUUAGGCAGAUCAGCUUCUCUGGAAAUGGUUCCUAUACUUUAUUUUUGGGACUCUUUUGUUACUCAACUGCUUGAAUACUUGAAUAAACCAUUCUCCAGGACAAAAUCAUUUAAAUCCUCUUAAACACAGUGGUCUGAACUAUUUGACAAAACUGUACAGGGCUUACACAUCAAAAUAUCGUUUCAGUGUUCGGAUAACCAUGUGUUUCCUUUACUUUGACAGAGUAAUGUACUUUUUACCUUAUUUAUCUGUAUGAAAUUCCAACAGUUAAUUUGAAAUUGUUUAUAUAAUGUUUGUACUUUUAAGUCUUUAAUACGGUGUUUCUACCUCUCCUUUGUAAUUGCAUGCAUUAUUCUUGAAACUAGGUAAUAACUCACUGAACUGUUGCGUAAUAGCCUUUUUAUUAUGGCCUGUAUAAAUGUAUAUUAAGGUAAAAUAAAUACUGACACUAGAAGUGUUUCUAUGGUAAAA